GCCCCCAGGAGGAAAUGUGCAGCCUGUAAGAUUGUUGUUUCACACAGCUUGCAUAGAACAACUAGACAAGAUCAACUUCCGCUGCAAGCCAACCUUCAGAGAGGGAGGAUCCCGAAGCCUCAGAGAUCAGAACACGUUGAGACAUCACUGGGUUCACAGGCGUCGGCAGGAGGGAAAAUGCAGACAGUGUGGCAAGAGUUUCCAGCAGAAAUUCUUCCACAGUAAAGAAAUCAUCGCCAUCAGUUGCUCCUGGUGCAAACAGGCUUUCCACAACAAGGUGACGUGCUUCAUGCUGCACCAGAUCGAGGAGCCGUGUUCGCUGGGUGCCCAUGCUGGUGUCAUUGUACCACCAUCCUGGAUCAUCAAAGUCAGAAAACCACAGAGCUCGUUUAAGAACUCUGCUAGGAGGAAAAAGCGGACAUCAUUUAAACGAAGGACAAGCAAGAAGGGCAUGGAUGAAUCCAAAUGGCGCCCAUUCAUGUUGAAGCCCCUCCCCUCUCCUCUAAUGAAGCCUAUCUUGGUGUUCGUCAACCCCAAAAGUGGUGGAAACCAGGGCACCAAAGUGUUACAGAUGUUCAUGUGGAUCUUGAAUCCGCGACAAGUCUUUGAUCUGUCACAGGGUGGGCUGCGAGAGGCGUUGGAGUUGUAUAGAAAAGUGCCAAAUCUGAGGAUUCUUGCCUGCGGAGGUGACGGCACAGUGGGGUGGAUCCUGUCGGCUCUAGAUGAGCUGCAGAUGAACCCCCAGCCACCUGUGGCUGUACUUCCUCUGGGAACAGGAAAUGACCUCGCCAGGACACUCAACUGGGGCGGGGGUUACACAGAUGAGCCGGUGUCCAAGGUUUUGUGUCAUGUGGAGGACGGUUCGGUGGUCCAGCUGGACAGGUGGAAUCUCCUGGUAGAGAAGAGCCCCGCCCAGCCUGAGGAGGGCACGCAGAAGCUGCCUCUAAAUGUGUUCAACAACUACUUCAGUCUGGGCUUCGACGCUCACGUCACAUUGGAGUUCCACGAGUCCAGAGAGGCCAACCCAGAGAAGUUUAACAGUCGCUUCCGCAACAAGAUGUUCUAUGCAGGAGCUGCGUUCUCAGAUUUCCUCCAGAGAAGCUCCAGGGAUUUGUCCAAGCACGUCAGAGUGGUGUGUGAUGGCACCGAUCUAACUCCUAAGAUCCAGGAGCUGAAAUUCCAGUGCAUUGUGUUUUUAAACAUUCCCAGGUACUGUGCUGGCACUAUGCCAUGGGGGAACACAGGUGACCACCGGGACUUUGAACCACAGCGCCACGAUGACGGCUGCAUCGAGGUUAUCGGCUUCACCAUGGCCUCACUGGCAGCACUGCAGGUGGGGGGUCACGGAGAGAGACUGCACCAGUGCAGAGAAGUCAUCCUCACUACCUUCAAGACUGUACCUGUUCAAGUGGACGGUGAGCCUUGUCGGCUGGCUCCCUCCACUCUCCGCAUCUCUCUCCGAAAUCAGGCCAACAUGGUCCAGAAGAGCAAGAGACGCACCUCUGUACCCCUGCUUAACGAUAUUCAGAAGGUGUGUGCAGCUGAUCUGCGCCGCCUCUCUGCUCCCCCUGACUCCUUCUCUGUUCCUCAUGCAGUUCCAGAUCGUCUUCGCCUCAGAGUGAACCGGAUCAGCCUCCAGGAGUACGACAGACUGCAGUACGACAAAGAGCGACUACGAGACAUCUCCAUCCCAGUGGGCAUUGUGGUGGUGAGGGGGGACUGUGACCUGGAGACUUGUAGACUUUACAUCGACAGAUUACAAGAGGACAUUCACCAGGCGCCAUCUACUGGCCACAGAGUGCAUUACCAGGAUGAGAGUCGGGGUGUUCCAAGGACCAGUUCAAGCAGCAGACUGUCUCCCAACUGGAGCUUCCUGGACUCCACGUCAGCCGACCGCUUUUACCGCAUCGACAAGGCUCAGGAACACCUUCACUUUGUGACGGAGAUCUGCCAGGAUGAGGUGUUCAUCCUGGACCACGAGGGACCAACGGUGAGCCAGAGCUCAUCAACUGGGAUGCCUGACCUGGUAGUGGAACCUACUGCAGGCGCUCCACUGACUCCAGAGGAACAAGCAUUGUUGACGGCUGCCUGCUCUGGGGAUCUUUCUAUGCUGUCAGAGUGUGUGUGUCGCGGGGUCAGUUUGCUGGUUAGGGACUCACGAGGCUGCUCAGCAUUACAUAUGGCUUCCCAGAAUGGACACACACAACUUGUCAGCUACAUACUGCAACAGGGCUCCAAAGUGCUUCUGGAUUUGACAGACAGAGAGAAAGGGGACACUGCCUUGCACAAAGCGGCCUCAGAGAAGCAGCACACCGUGUGUCGAUUGCUGGUGGAUGCAGGGGCUUCCCUCAAAAAGACCAACUUCCAGGGGAAGACGCCAGCAGACCACGCCAAAGCUGAGGGAGACUCAGAGCUGGCCACGUACCUGAGCACUCAAGAACAGACGCCGCCUGUCGCUAACGAAGACUUGGAAACUGCCGUCUGAGACACACACACACACAAACACUCACGCACACACUCACACACACUCUGUCUCUCUUGACUCUACACACACUUUGUAGUGGAGAAGAAGCUUGGAGAGUGAAAAGAACCGAGUCUGGCUCUUCAGAUGGAUGAUAAAUCUGUGGACGACUGGACCGACUAAACAGAGGAGUGAACUGCCUCAUGUUAUAGCAGUACUGCAGUGAAGAGAAUGUUUCAUUGGUCAACUAUUUAUUUGUAUUUAUUUAUUCAUAUUCUAUUUAUUGGCUGGUUGUACUGAUUGUCUGACUGGGUGAUUGAUUGUAGGAGUUUUAAGGGUUCAGGCUGCAAGUGCACUUUGCUCAGCUGUCAGUGGUUGUGAGUUCCCUUGUUAAAACGUCAUCAGGGGAGUCAGGUGAGAAAUUUAGUCCAUUUUCUGAGCUCAUGAAACAUGUUGCUUCUCAUUUUGGGUCAUAUUACUUAAUAAGCAGGAGGGCGUAGGGUUGACACCCUCAGUUGAAAAAAAUACAGAAAGACAGAUGAGACAUAGGCCAGUGAGACAUAGAAGUCCAUGUCAAAACUGAGUGAAGUAGCCCACGGCUCCUGUGGACGACUCAGACGUGCCAAAGACAUUGCACUGAUGUAGUGUCAUAUUAACAUUUCACUGCUGUCCCCACCAUCUGUCACACUGCUCUUUACAUUCUUUUCUUAUCGUUUUAGGCUAUACUGUAAGCCGAACAAAAUGUAACCAGUUAUUUAUUGAUGUCAUGUGCUGUUUUAUUCAGCAUAUUUUAGAUUACAACGAGUGGAGGGCUUUGGAUUAACUGUGGAUAUCAAUUUAUCCUCGAUAAUUUCACUGCCCUGUUUGAAGAGGGUUUACUGUAAUUGGAUUUUAUUCUUGGAAACCCAAACCACCAGAUUUCAUGACUUUACAGGAUGAAAACUAAACUGAGAAGUUAUCCGUUCAAUUAAAAGAAAAAGAGGAAGCAGGAGUGCUACGUCCAAACUUGCAACGCCCUUGGAAGAGGGAAGGACCUGACAACAACUGGCCCACAAAAAAAAAAAAAAAAAAACUAGGUCCAGGCGCUCAAGGUGGUUUAGUUUAACACACAGGAAUAUAGACAUCCAUAUUCAGAAGUUUAAAAUGUGAAUAAACUAGUAUGCGUUUUUAGUUAAAAGGCUAAGACUAAAUUAAAAUUGGCGAUCAAAACUAAUAGUGGUUUCCUGGUUUCCAGACAUUUUUAAUAAUUUUCAGCAGCUCUUCCAUACUCGCGUGUCUUGGCUGUCUUGGUCACCUGACAGCUGUGGAUUUGGCUGAUAUGGGCGAUGAAUGUUGACACCGAUGGUCAAUGGUAGCUGAUAAGCGCUGAUAUUCAGCUUCUUGAAUAUAGUUGACUAUAAAGAAAUGACAUGUAUUUGGUGUUUCCCCAGAGUUUUGUUCCUGCCAAGGUCAACAAGCCUCUCAAACACCACAAUCUCUCCACUGAAACCCAGAAUAGUAAAAAUAAUGUAUUUAUGCAUAUUCUUGUGUGGAGUCUGAUCAUAAUGUCAUGUUAGACUUAGUUCAGAUUAAGGGCUUCCUAUAGACAGCCAGUGUAGUAUUGAUCAAUACUGUAAAUCAGUAUUAUUGACCAAAAUGCAUCAUAUCAGAGAUGGACCACACAGACUGAAGCAGAUCUGAUUUUAUACAGAGGAGCAUUACUGACCCCAUAAAUCUGACUGUAGGUGUUUGGAAAAUACACUUAAUAUGUUUUCUGGGUGUUUUGAGCAUAAUCACCUACCAGUUACUUACCACUGUGCUAUAGUAUUAUCACCAGGAUGUCCCGCUGCAGUGACACAAACAAACGCUCACACACUUUGACGUUCAGUGGUGUGACGGUGUGUAUUUGGUACUCCUGACCCGGCAGACGGCUUUUCACAUGCACCUUGUGCGCGUGCGAUUGUGUGGAUGAACCCUAAUCCAUAUCAGGUCUGGAUAAGAGGAGCGGGUUGAUACUACUGCAACGGGAAGAGACUCAGAAAGAUGAGAAACACACUCCGUUUUGCCCUCUGUGCAGCAUGUACAUAACUAUAGACUGUGUGUUGUGUUUUAAUAGUGCGUGUGUGCAUGUGUGCAUACAUGCGCAUGCGUUUCAUGUGUACAUGUGAGGGUGCGAAUGCGCGCGUGUGCGUGCAGCAUUUAUCCAAGAAAGAGAGAGAGAGAGAGAGAGUGGAGUAAAUCUGAGCCAUAUUCAAUGCAAUAUGAAUGGAUGACGUCUUUUUGCAUUUCUAUAUUUAUCGUUUACAUUACAUUAAUGUUUUUAACAUAGUCGUCCAUUUAGCACCAAGGAGUAUUGAAUGUGCAAUUUUACUACAGUGCUGGUCGGGUAUAUGAUUGUCUUGUUUCUUUUCUUUUGUGCGCAUGUAUGUCAAUGGAUUGAAGCUAAGAAACCCUGUGAGGUCUCUUUUGAUAUAACCUAUUGUAAACUAAAUUGAUAUACAGUAGUAACUGCAUUCCCAAAUGAUUGUGGGGACACUGAAUAUUUAUUAUGAGAGUCAGAUGUAGCCAUCGUAGAAGUCCCAUUUGGUUUGCCACCUGCAUCCUGCGGCCCAUGAGAUGCUGGUUUGGAAAUUCUGUCUGUGCUUUCCUUUCAGAAACAGAAACCUGCAGAAAGGUCUGACAUUUGUUUGUUUGGAGAUUUUCUGACUGUUCUGAGUCACGUUUUAAAAACCACUGUAGGGAAGUCGAGUUUCACAAGUCGAUGAGCAGAUUUCACAGAGUUACACAGUUUGUUGUUUUUAUUUAUUUAUUUUUUUUCAAAAGGUCAGUUAGCCCUUUGAUACCUGAGCAAACUCGCUUGAUUUAUUUGAAAAAUGUAAGAGAAAAAAAGGCAAAUAAGCAAAUUUGCAAAAAAACUUUUAAGUAAAAACUUAAAAGAAAAUGACCUGAAAAUUAGGAGAAAAAAUGAAAUUAACUAGUUUGUAAAAGAAAUACCAUACAGUAAUUUAUAAUUACUAUAAUUGUAUAUUUUACAUUAUAUUUCAAGAUAAAAUAUCCUAAUAAUACACAAGAACUUUGUUUAAAAAAAAAAAAGAAAAAGAAAAAGAAAGUCACUGACACAUCCCCCCAAAAUGGAAACUAAAAUGGAAACCAAACAGAGCAGAGUUUUGCUCAGAGGGGGAAAUGAAAUCUUUCAGGUUGUUCAUCUUGUGGAGCCACAUUCAUGGUGAAAUGCAAGGGGCCCCCCAAAUUAUUUUUUAUCUAGGGAUGGCACUGCUGAAAUAGCUCUGAGGCAGCUGCUCAAAAUGAUCAAGUUUGGAAUUCGCCCUGAAGUGCGCGUUGUUGAUUUUUACAGCCUCAGCGUUCAGGUGAGGUUCACCUAAAGCUCUCACCGUGCUCUUUGCCUGCACUUUUAUUUUUUCUAUCAGAAGUCUUGUACUUCUCAUCCGUCACUAACAUCCUCCCUGGCUACUUUCCGCCUCAUUUGCAGCCUCUCAGCUGACGAGGAGUCUCUUUGUUAGUUUGUUUUGUUUGUUUUUUUGAAUACAGGGCAACUGCAGGACUUGUACGAUGGCUAUCGCUUUAAACAUCCAGCGCCGAGACCCUCCACUGAGGCUCUGGAGAUUUAGGGAAUAGAGAAAUGUGUGCGAUUCAAAUCCUUAGAUCCAACUGUGUCUAUCUGGUUAUCACAUUUUAUAUUAAGUAUCUGUGGUAUAAGCUAGGCCCAUUCUGAAUGACAUACACACACAUGCUUCUUAUCACUCGUUCCAUUGAUUAUGAGCAGAAACAUGACUUUGAAUUAAACUGUGUCAUUCAUCAGCAUCGAUUAUGCAUGGCAUUUCCUUGCCUCCUUGGGAAUACUUUCUAAUAAUGGCAUAAAAAAAUGCUAUUAUUAUUGUUGUUUAACUAUUCUUAUUAUGAAAUUAUUAUGGUUUUAAAUGUUUUAUACCUGUGUUUUCUGCUUAGGCUGGAGAUGUGUUGGGUGUUAUUUUUUGGCUUUUGUAUUUUAUUUAUUUAUUUUUUUCUGCUGAUGAUGAUGGGAUCACUUGAAUGUUUAAUGUUUGUUGUUUUUUUCUGCAAAAGAAGACGUGAUGCUGUAGUGUUGCCUCUGAUAUUAUUAUUUUUUGUUUGAGUUCUGAAUGGUUAGAGAAGGGGAGAGACGAUAUAAGUCAUAUUUGACAAUUUCACCCCAAACAAACCAAAACACCAGUAAGACUAACUGGAAAGCCAAAACUGACUGAGCUUGAUGUCAGAAAAUGAUUCAGUGAAAAAAAGAAAUUGCUUUGACCCUCUGACAGUAGAUCCACUUCAGUUUUUGUCACCAAUCAAAAGGUUUUUUAGUGUGCCACAGUAAUACAGUCCACCUUUGAUUUACCACCGUUUGCUCAGCUACAGAUUAAUAAGAGCAGAGGAAAUCCUGGGUUCAUGUCAGACUGGGGUGAAAUACCAUUUGCAAAUAACUCUUGGCAUUUGUUUUAAUCCACCCGCUGUGCCACAUGGGUGGAGUUUACUACAUCUGGGCUAAAUCUGCAACUAACAGUUAUUUUAUAUUACUUUAUAUAACUCUAACAAUGAUAUGAAUGGAGAAAACCAAACAAAUUGUGGCAUCUGAGUGGUGUUUUUGCUCGAUAAAUGAUUCAAAUGCAUUGAUUGUCAAAAUUGUUACAGACUGCUAUUCUGUCAGCUGAGCAAUCAGUCAACUCUCAGCACUAAUCAGGACAAUUUAGCUUCACUGACAGAAAUUUGCACUAUAUUCUGGCACAAAAGUAGACCGAAACAAGCAGUCACAGCGAUAGUGAAAAAUGAUUUCACCCAGGUUCACCCUCUUCAUAUCAGCCCACCCAGAGAGACGGUUCCAGGUUUGGGCCUGAACCAGGACUCAGGCUGGAAGAAAAAGGAAGGAAGGAGGGUUACUUGGAAAUCGCAAACUCAUUCGUGACCACCUGCUUUCAGUUUGAAUCUAUAACAAACUAGCAGGGUUUCCUGGUAGUAAACCUCCAACAUCCACAGAAUAUGAAAUGUUUGAGUUACAUGACAGACCUGCUAUUACAUGGUAACAGUCUUGACAGAUGACAGGCACUCCCUCUGUGUGACAAGACUCUGUGAGAUUUCCCUUGUGGUUGUGAAGACAAAUAACCAUUCUCAAGCUAUUUGAGGUUCUCGCUGCACUGUCACAGCGUGCAUUCCCAAAAGUAUUUCACCACCUCCUCGUGUUUCCCCCGUAAUUAUUUGCUGGCUCACGUACAUUGUUUCCACUCUUAUCUAGUCAAACAAACUUGUAAAAUGCAGCAGUUUGUUCAUGAAAUAGUCAUCAAGUCCAGAACCACGGUGUUUCACAAACCCUGAUGGCAUUUUAUGAGACGUUUUAUUCGGUGUGUGGAGAACUGGCUAACUAUCUGAAAAUAAUCAUAAUACUGGAUUACAUUACAGAUCACAAAUGAGCAAACUGGUGAUUAUCUACAUAAUGGAUUACAGUGUGAAACCUCUGCUCCGUGUGUAACGCCAGACUGUAGUGACCUUUAGUCUGUGUGAAGGUGCCCUAAGCUGGGCUUUUAUGAGUACGGAAAGCCUAGCAAACAAAUGGCCAGGUCAUGUGUAAGCUGUCGAGUCACGAAAAUAUCUGUGUGGUGUUGAAGAGCACCAGCGUGUGAAUCUUCACCUUUUACAGUAUUCUUCCUCUUUGAGCUUAGGGAACUAGUUUACGUAAGUUCUCGUCAUGUCUGGCUUUAAGUCAGAGUGUGAAGACAUGGGUUCAUGACUGUCACCUGGUCCAGAUGAUGACAUAGGGAGGGACUUCACAGGCGGUUUGGAGCAGAGUCAGCUGACCUGUGUAACCUGUAUGUCUGAUCUGGUCCAGGACUCGACUUAUUUGGAGAGGCCGACCUAUAGUUUGAAAACCAAUGCUGUGUGUGUGUGGUGAAGUGUUCCUUUGUUCCUUUUAUUUAUUGCACUCUGAUUGUCACAUUUCCAUUUUCUAAAAGGACUCCUUUGUGCCAUACACACAGACACACACACACAUAUGAAGAGUAUUUUGAUGUAGAACAAUAACAUUAUUUUAUCACUGAAUCAGAAACCAAGAGGAACCCUUCACUGUUCUUUUUCCAACCAUAGAAUAUUCUGGAAGGUAAACACAAAACCCCCUCUACUCUUGAUACCCAGUAAUUGGGUUGUUUUAAACUAUUUAUGAACUUUAUUAUAUAUACACGCACAACACAUCAUGUGAGAGGCAUAACGACAAAGCAUGCCAGAUUGUACAGUUGUAACAUCAUCUGAGUGAUCUUAUCAUUUUAGAAAAAAUAAAAUAAAGUUUGA